AUGGCUCCUUCAACUCUCCCCGCCAUGAAAACCAACCCUAAGUUCAUCUUCUUCUCCGACUUCGACGGCACCAUCACAACCCGCGACUCCAACGACUUCCUCACAGACAACCUUGGCUAUGGCGAGAAGCUACGCAAGCAAGGCAACCAAGACGUCCUGCACGAAAGGAUGUCUUUUCGGGACUCCUUCCAGGGCAUGAUGGACAGUGUCAAGACCCCUUAUGAUAAAUGUAUACAAACCUUGGUGGAGAACAUCAAGCUGGAUCCACACUUCAAGGAGUUCUAUGAAUGGGCUAGACAAAACAACAUACCAGUCGUUAUACUGAGCAGUGGUAUGGUGCCGAUUAUUAGGGGUUUGUUAGUCCAUCUCUUAGGGCCUAUAGGCGAGGAAAUUGAGAUUGUGAGCAAUGAUGUUGCGCCGAGGGAUGGGAAGAGUAUCAAUGAGGAGGGUGGGUGGCAGAUUGUAUUCCAUGAUGACAGCCACUUUGGCCAUGACAAGUCAAUUGAGAUCAGAGGGUACCAACAGCUCCCGGACAGUGAACGACCAGUCAUGUUCUAUGCCGGAGAUGGAGUGUCAGAUCUUUCUGCCGCAAAGGAAACUGACUUGCUUUUCGCAAAGAAACACCAUGAUCUCGUCACUUAUUGCGUAAAGCAAGACGUCCCAUUUACAGAAUUUGAGGACUGGUCGUCCAUCUUGGCUACGGUUAAGAAAAUUGCAGCUGGGGAGACUGAUGUCAAGACUGUUGCUGCUGAAGGACAUGAAGCAUUCAAGAGAGAAAAUAGCAAGAACUAG